CUCUCCCUCCCCCAGCGCUGCGAAUUCUCCGAGCACGCCCUCGCCAUUCCCCGCGCUCCAAUGCAACUCGAGAAGCCCACCCUCCAUUGAUCCCCGCGCGGCCCAGAUGCUCGCCUUCCCGGGCACGUCGACCACGUGGCCGCUGCGCCACCCGGCCGCCGCCUCCCCGCGCCGCGUGGCGGUGGCGGCCGCGCCCGCGGGUGCGCCGGCCAGGGGCAAGCGGCGGCGGGCGGGCGCCGGGGAUGGGGAGGCGGACCCCGCCGCCGAGGCCGCGGAGCUGGUGCGGUUCUUCCUGCGCAGGACCGACGGCGGCAAGGACCGGCUGGUGUCCGUGCUGGACCGCCACGUCAAGGUGGUCCGCACCGAGCACUGCUUCCUCCUCUUCGAGGAGCUCGGCCGCCGCGACGGCUGGGUCCAGUGCCUCGAGAUUUUCAGGUGGAUGCAGAAGCAGCGGUGGUACGUCGCUGACAACGGCAUCUAUUCCAAGCUGAUAUCUGUGAUGGGAAGGAAGGGGCAGAUACGGAUGGCCAUGUGGCUCUUCUCCCAGAUGCGCAACAGCGGGUGCAAGCCGGACACUUCGGUAUACAAUUCCCUCAUCGGUGCGCACCUGCAUUCACGGGACAAGAGUAAGGCUUUGGUGAAAGCUCUCGGCUAUUUUGACAAGAUGAAGGGCAUGGAGAGAUGCCAGCCUAAUAUCGUGACGUACAACAUCCUCUUGAGGGCGUGUGCUCGGGCUAGUGACACGAAGCAGGUGGACAUCCUUUUCAAGGAUCUCGAUGAAAGCAUAGUCUCUCCAGAUAUCUACACAUAUAAUGGAGUGAUCGACGGGUAUGGGAAGAAUGGCAUGAUUACAGAGAUGGAGUCUGUAUUGGUGCGGAUGAAAAGCAAGCAGUGCCGCCCAGAUGUGAUCACAUUCAACAUACUCAUAGAUUCGUAUGGGCGAAAGCAGACAUUCGACAAGAUGGAGCAGGUGUUCAAGAGUUUAUUGCGAUCCAAGGAGAGGCCUACCCACCCGACUUUUAAUUCCAUGAUUACAAACUAUGGGAAAGCAAGGCUUAGAGAGAAAGCUGAGUCUGUAAUUGAGAAGAUGCAAGAAUUGGGAUUCAAACCGAAUUAUGUGACGCAAGAGUGUCUCAUCAAUAUGUACGCAUAUUGUGAUUGCGUCUCAAAGGCCCAGCAGAUAUUUGAUGAGCUUGUAAGCUCACAAAGUACUGUUCCCCUAUCUUCGUUGAACGCAAUGCUUGAUGCCUACUGCAUGAACCGCUUGCCUAUGGAAGCAGAUCGGCUGUUGGAUACUGCGAUUGAGAAAGGUGUAGUGCCCAGUGCUUCCACAUAUAAGUUGCUUUACAGGGCAUACACCAGGGCGAACGAUAAGAUGCUUGUCCAGAAGCUGCUCCAGCGGAUGAAUAAGCAAGGUAUUGUUCCAAAUAAGAAGUUCUUCCUUGAUGCUCUGGAAGCAUUUGGCACCUCCGCCAAUAAAUCCAGGAGAGUACAAACCUCAAACUCUGCAAGAGGGUCAAGUAGAGAUUCUGCAAACAAUUCGGAAAUGGCUAGUUCAGGCAAGCCAGUGUUAAGUACUUUGGAAGCAGUUAGCGCUUCCGAGAAAAAAAUCAGGAUAUUACCCAAUUCAAACUCUGCAAGCAAGCCAGAUACAGGUUCUGAAAGCAGUUCAGAAAUAGCUACAUCGAGCAAGCCAGAGCUAAGCUUUUCGCGAGUAGCUUCUUGAUAGGGUGCUCUGUUCUGAACUGCUUCACAGCAGAAUGUGUCCAGUUGCUUACCAAGUUAUCCUAGGAAAAGGCAUGUGAUUGGUUGCUUGAAUUUCGAACCAUCCUAGAUGUCAGGUUAAAAUUUUAGGAAUAUUUUCUCAUGUACAUUCAUCAAAAACAACCGAACCACAGGAUGGAGCCAUCUCGAAAAACCCGUUCAACUUCAAGAUACCCUUCUUCUGUAUGUCGAUUGGCCUUCUAAAUUUCAUAGUUGUGUUAUAAAAUCACAGUAGCAUUUUUGUUUCA